UCUGAAAACGUCAACAAGAAGCACUUGCCCCAGAAAGCGACCGAAUUUUUAUUUUCAGUGAGAGGUCAUAGGAUAGGUUUUUGAAGAUAUGGUUUGAGGUUGUACCAACAUGGACUUCAAGUACUUGAUGUCCCUUGCUGCUGAUAAUGAGAAAGUCUCAAAACAUCAGUUUGAAAACACUGCACAGAUUUCAACAAGUCUGUCCUCAUCAAAGAAAGAAGACAGGAAAUCGAAAGAAGUAAAAUCUGAAACCCUCAAGAAGCUACAGGAAGAGAAAGCAAGAGAACGACAUGUAAAAGAAAAACAAAGACAGAAGGAAUUGAGGGAAGCUGAAAAGAAGAAGAUCUUCCGCAUCCCUAAAAGUGGUGAUGGCUCCGUGAAGAGCAGCUCAAGUAGCAAAAGUGAACAGAAGGACAAAAGUUCAGGGAAGAAAGAAAAUGAAGAUAAAAACAAAGAAAAGAAGGAAUCAACGCACAACAAAGUGAAGAAGGAAUCAAAACCCAACAAAGUAAAGACGGAUAACACAAUGACAGCGCUGAAAGCCAAACCUGAUGCAGAAAAUAGUGAACCAGUUCAUGACCCUGCCAAAGAUGUGGAGCAGAUGCAGUAUACGUUUAAAGGUCCUCGAACAGCUUUGCCUGCCCAAAAUGCUGCCUGGGCCAAAAUGGAGGCCUUGAUUCGCAAAGAAAAAGAAGAUGCAAUGAGGAAAAAGGUUGAGGAGAUCAAUCAGAAAAUUACAGAAGAGAAAGAAGAUAGAAUUAGAGCCGAAAAAGAGAGGGCUGAACGAAGGCAGAGGAGAAAAGAAAAGGAAGAAAGGAAAAUGUCCCGAGAGCUUGCAGCAAAAGAGUUUAAAUCUUCAAAGGAGGUCAAGAUAUCUAAAGAUGAAAAAACAAAAGAAUUUACAUCUCCCAAAGAGUUCCAUUCUACAAAAGAUGACAGAGAAAGGCAACAGCACAGAGAGAAGAUGUUAGAGAAACAGCGUCAAGAGAAACAACGCUCUGAAAAACUGAUCCCACCAGUUGUCAGAACCGAGCCCACUAGCAAGCCUAAACCACCAGUUAUUAAAAAGAGACCCAAAUCAAUGGGAGCACCGGUUGAUUUUUCAUCAAUUAUGAAAAUGGCGGAACAAAAACAGAAUGCUCCAAAAGAAGGUGUGUUGGCAGCUGCGACAGCGGUGAAGAAGAAGAAAGACGAGAGGCCGAUGACUCAAGAGGAAAAGGAUAGGGCGGCUCGCAAACAGACUCAGGAAUACAAGGAUUGGUUGAAGUUUGGCAAGGGCAGGCCUCCCCCUCCACCACCUAUUGUGUCUUCUGAUUCAGAAUCGUUUUCAGACAUUUCUGAUGAAGAUCCUGUUGAGGCUCCGCAGAAACGUCAAGAUUCGAAAUCAUUGUCCAAAAGCUUCAGUUCAUCCAGUAGGCAUAAGUCCAGUCCAUCCCCUGCUGUGAAUUCUAAAUUGUCUCAUUCGUUUUCGGGUUCAAAGUCAUCGGUUUCUAGUUCAAAGUAUUCAGGUUCGAAAAUUCCACCCUCGUCAAAUUCCAAACAUGUGCCACAUUCACUGUCAUCACAGAGCGUGAAGGAACAAAUGUCUGCUAAAUCCCAUCCUAAAAGUGCUCACAGCUCCAGUAAUUCUAAUGGACAUUUCGAUAGGCGUGACAACAGUUCCAAAUAUGAUUCAAGGCUGGCAGAUAAACAUAGGCAGAUGAUGAACAAAAGCAGUGAGAAACAUUUAGAUAAAUAUCGAACAAUGGAUAAUGGUAAGCACAAAGAAAAACAUAGAGAAAGUCCACAAAUGUCGCAUGGCAAGCACAGAGAAAACCCUAAUCAAAUGACGCAAGAUAAACAUAGAGACAGUUCCAAACAGAUGUUCAGAGAGAAACAUCGCGAAAGUCAACAAGUGUCUCGAGACAAACAUUGUGAAAGUCAACAGGUGUCUCGAGACAAACAUCGUGAAAGUCAUCAACAGGUGUCUCGAGACAAACAUCGUGAAAGUCAACAGAUGUCUCGAGACAAACAUCGUGAAAGCCAACAGGUGUCUCGAGAAAAACAUCGUGAAAGUCAACAAGUGUCUCGAGACAAAUAUCGUGAAAGUCAACAAGUGUCUAGAGACAAACAUCGUGAAAGUCAACAAGUGUCUAGAGACAAACAUCGUGAAAGUCAACAGGUGUCUCGAGACAAGUACAAAGCACCCAUGUCCAAGAAUAAACAUGGGGAUGGACCAGUCAAAGUUCAAGGUCACAAGGAUAAGUAUCGUGAACAGGUAUCACGUGACAAGCAAAGAGAUAGCCCCCAACACUUUUCCAAAGACAAGCAUAGGAAUCAUACUAAACAGAUGUCGAAAGAGAGGCAUCGGAUGAAUGAACAUGGCCAUGGAGGAAAGAAACCACGCCGAGAGUAUGAUGAUACACAUGAAAAUGUUCUGGUGUGUGGACCAUCAUCACCAUCACCACCAUCGUCACCAAUUGCAUCAAAUCCCUUCGACAGAAUUGUGGGAGAGAUUAAAAGAAAUAAUCCCAAACCUCAAAUCACUAAGAGGAAGCGCCAGGUGAUAGCCAGCGAGAGUGAAGAAGAUGAAGAAAUGGAUGAUUUCAUUGAUGAUGGCGAGGAUGAGGAUGAUCCUUCAAGUCUGGACUACUCCAAAUACAUACGACAGAUCUUCGGAUAUGACAAGCGGAAGUAUGACCAUAUAAGGGAUGAUGACCUGGCUUGCAUGGAGAGCAACUACGCUACAGUGAUGAAGGAGGAAGCAAGAAGUGCCAAGCUAGGACUGCUGGAGGAUCUGGAAGACAUAAAACAGGAACAGGAAGAGCUGCAGAGGAAGGCCAUGAUGAAGAAGAAGGGCAAGAUGAAACGCAGAUAACGCACAACUCUGUUGCUGAAGAGGAGAAACAAACCAGUGGAUGAAGACAGACAGAUGUUGACUGACUGCUGAAGAACAUUGCAUUAAUGUGUUACUACAGACUGAUCUAGUUCAACAACUGGAGCACAAUAACCGUGAUGGAAGUGGAACUUGGACGAGAUAUGUGUUGCUGCUGAUUCUGAAACUCUGAAUUCUGAAUUUCUGAUGAAAUAGGUGUCUUUGAUGAAAAUGGAAAUCAGAUAACGUUGGUAUUAGUGAUACAAUGAAACACAGAUGAUGUAGGUCUCAGUGAUGAAGACAGAAGUCAGAUAACACUGGUGUCAGUGAUGAAGAUAAAACUUGGACAUCAUAGGUGUUGGUGAUGAUGAUAAAACUCAGAUGCCGUAGGUGUCAGUGAUGAAGAUAAAACUCAGAUAUUGUAGGUGUCAGUGAUGAAGAUAAAACUCAUUAUUGUAGGUGUCAGUGAUGAAGAUAAAACUCAUUAUUGUAGGUGUCAGUGAUGAAGAUAAAACUCAUUAUUGUAGGUGUCAGUGAUGAAGAUAAAACUCAGAUGUUGUAGUGUCAGUGAUGAAGAUGAAAAGUCAGAUGUCCUAUCUGUCAGUUAUGAAGAUAGAAGUCAGUUUAGGUGUUACUGAUGAAGAUGGACCUCAGAUACCAUUGAUGUCAGUGAUGAAGAUGGACCUCAGAUACCAUUGAUGUCAGUGAUGAAGAUGGACCUCAGAUGACACAUGUGUAAAUGAUAACAAUGAAACAGAUGACAUAGGUUUCAGCAGAGACCAUAUAAUAGAUUAUAUGGUCUCUGGUUCAGUGAUGGAGAUGGAAAUCUGUUAGCAAUGACACGUUAUUAUAUAGAUAUACAGUGUGCAGCUGAUUAAGAAAAGUGCUACAGGCGUCUAUUCAGGUGUGAUAUUCGUAAGUCUGCUGAAGCACAUAUUUCUGAUAAUGAAUGUGUAGAAAGUAAGAUAAAGAUAUUCGAGCCAGCAGGUUGAGAUGAGGAAAUGAGUCUUGUAGAAGCAUUAGAAAUGUUUAUCAUGUGUUUAUGAGACCAGAGCCAUCCACUCACUCACUCAUAAUACUGAAAGUAGUGGAAGAAUAUAUUUUUCAAUGUUUAUUUGUCUACAUUAUUGUAUAUAUGACCUUGACCUUUCCGGUCAGAAAUGUGGCAUGGAUUUGUUGUUCAUGUCAACAGCAAACUUGUUUUGCUCCAUGAUGUCAUGAGGCAUGUUUGUAUCCAGAAUGUACAGAAAGUGUGAAACAAUUUGUGUGCCUCCCAAUACCCAAUACUGGGAUGUGGUUCAAGGUUGUUUAGAAACAUAUUGAGGCACUUUCCUGUGGAACCUGAAUUUACUCCUGAUUUCAAAACCUUCUCUGCCCUUUGUCAUGGAAACGUAGUUAAAGGUCAUUCCUGGAUUCUUUGUUUCACAUAAACCAUGGCUAUAUUUUAGCAUCAGAAUGAUUUGGCUCAGUGGAUUUCAAUGAAAUGUCCAUGAUGUGAGCAGACUUUUCAGCAUUUUAUCCCAUUAAACGUGUGUUUGUGGGUGUGUAAGUUAAGAAUUCAUUGUAUAUAGAGUAUUUAUGUAUUUAUAGAAACAAGUGCUAAGACUAGCUGAGCUGGUCUAGUGUAUUACAAAAUGAGAUUCUGUUUCAGAAAGGGUCUCGUAAAACACUGAUUGGUCUGUCUUUAUCCAACACAUAUUUAGAAUUCGAAACAAAUAUAGGGAAAGUAAGAAUUCCAAACACCAAGUGAUGACAUUUUGUUUCUCAGUUGACAUUGUUAAAUAUUGCCUAAUGAAGAAGGUUUAUGGUUUGGGAUUAGAAAUGAAAAUGCCUAAAGAUAUUGCUGUGAAAAUUGUCAGUCAGGGUAAUAUGCUAGAGAACUGGUCUCCAUAUAUAAGCUUCAAGUUUUGAACUGAGAAUGUGGAGCUGAAAACUAUUUUGAGUGAAAUAGUCCAAAUUUGUACUUCUCAAGAAGCAUGGCCAUCAAUUACUGUUUCUUUGGCCUAUCUUACAUGGCUGUGCAGGGAAAGAAACCUUUUAAAAUUUCCCACUAGACCACAGGACCAGUGAGUGGACAAUAAUUACUAGUCCUGUCUGUACUUCACUGGUCCAACAUUCAAAGAUUUGGCCACCAGGGCCACUGCAAACUUAUCAUUUAGUGGUCCUGAUGAAAUUUUACUAGCCAGGAACCACAGGACCAGCGUAAAUUUCUCACACUGCUGUGAGAACCAGCUUGGGUCAAAGGCUUUGGUGAAAAAUAAGAAAAGCAUUUCCUUUAAAUAAAACAAAUGUGGUUUGUGCAAAUUUGAGCUCCAAUCUGCUCUCUUUGGGGUAAUCAAUCAAAAAUGUGUGGAGACUAGUUCCCCUUUCUUUCAUGUUGACAUUUUGCAAUUCUAAAUAAUUCAUCUUUUUUCUCUUUUGUGAUUUUCUACAAUUUGUUUUCAAAACGGGUCAAUGAAGGUAUCAUGGUCCGUACCUUUUCACAUUGGUGCAUCCAUUAUGUUCAGUAUCUCACAGUUCGGUCUCCUGAUAUUCUGUGUAUUAUUUCCAAUAUGUUCAUUUAGUGUGUUGUCAGUGUCACUCUUCAAUAUGCAAUAUCUGUACCUCUACACAGUGGCCAAUGUGCUGGUGUUGUAUAACUGUCGUAAUGUACCGACAUACUAUGAUCCUGUUAAUGUGAGUAACACAUAAUGAUUCUCGAUGAUAUUGGUACUAUUGUUGAUUAGUGGGUUGUCUCCUUGUAAAAUAUCUGUCAAGUGACCUUCACCUUGUAAUGACCUCACAUGUCUUAAAAAUGAUCAUAUCUUGUUUUGUGUGACAGGCUUAUUAUUUGUAAUGAAUGUGUGAUCAAUAUAGAUGUACACACUCCAAAGUUUUCUGAUUUGGGUCAUGUUAAGGUUGCCCAGAGUAUAAUAUCUCCAUUGUAAGACCUGUGUUGGAAGUGGCGGUUCCACCUUAACGUCUGUCAUUACUAACUUAGCGCACAAUGUCUGUUCAUUAGCUGGAAAUAAACUUAUAGGCCUUUUCUGAGUUCAUUGUAGAUAUUUUCAUUCAAAACCACAGCCUUAUCUACGCAAGCUUCUAUUUACUUUAUAUUUUAAUUAUAGUAAUCGACUCUUCUAAGACAAUUGAGCUGGAAAAGAUGUUACACUGAGAACUGAAAAAGGGGAAGGAAGUAUUAUGCUUCAAGACAUUCUGAUGCUUUUUGAGACAACAGUUAUUCGAGUACUGGUGGUUUCGCUGCCGUGUUUCAGUCAUGAAAGAAUGAUGCAGUUUGAUUGGGUAUCUGUUUUUAGCAUUACGUCACUUGGCCUUGACAAAGGUGGGAAAUAGAUCAGAUAGGUGAGGAUGCAGCUAGGCCAUGUAAUCAUGGUAAUGAGAAGCAGGCGUUUGCAGCCUUACGGUGUGACCUAGUUAUUGCAGGUGCUGUUGUCAUAUUGACCUACCUGUAGAGGGUGUGUAUAUUAUGUGAUAUACCAAUUUUCAAUGAUAACAUCAUUCACCAGUGAUAUAUUUAUGUGACAGAAUGGUUUAGAAGUUUAUGAGAAUGGACCUGAGCCCCUUACCACAAAGUGAUAUUAGCGAUAAGACGAUCUUGACACGGACAGUGCAGCAUUGGCUUUGGACAUCUGUAGCACUAGGAUUGCUAUGUGGAAGGGAGUCCUGUUAAUCAGCUAUAAUAAGCCGAGGAUUCCUGUUCCCGGUCUAGGCCCUCUUCCAAAAGUGAUCUUAGUGCUAAGACAGCUCUGUAUGAUAGUGGAAAGGGGCCUGUGUAUCGAUAUCAACCAGUGGAUGUCAAAUUGUUACAUUGCUACAGUUUCACAGCCAUUUUGUGUGAGCUGUUUGUCCAUAUAUGAUCCAUGUUGUUGCAAAGACUUGAAUAAUGAUAUCAAUGUGUUAAUAUUAUCAAAUGGUAUCUCUAAUUUUGUAUGUACAUACUUUUGUAAAUGAUGGUUCAUGAAACAAUAUCCAUCACGUUUUUGUGAACCCAUAUUUUUUAUUUGUAAAUAGACAUGGGUACUGUUUUCAUUUAUUGAACAUCAAAGCUAUUGAUGAUUUCCACCAUGUAUUGAUAGUUAAAUAUUUUCAAUUUGUGAAACAUGGUUCAUGAUGUCUCAUCAUGAAGCCAAACUGCAGAAUUGUGGUCUUUUGAAUCAAGAUCUUUUCAGCAUUGUUAUGUAUGUGACUUAUAGAUUGCCUCCCUUAGUAGUUCCAGGAUAGUGUGCUUCAUGUUUAGUGUUUAAUUGCACAAAGUUUGACCUAAAGUCACUGAAAUGUGUAUGGAGUUUUCAGGAAAGAAGUACAUCAUUAUGGUGUUCCACUCACAUCAAGCAGACUUGUGAUUCAACUGAAAUAUUACCUGAAGUGGUGAUGAGCCAAAUUCAAUCUCUUGCUCAUUGUCAAUACUUCACAGCAUUCCUUCAGCACCAAUUGAUAUUUUUAUCUGACAAAUAUAACCAGCCCUGGUUGACCACAAGGGUAGCCUUCAGUCAGGAUUAUACAUGCAGCCUUGCAUGCACAUUGCUACAAAUACUAAGCCCCGACUCCUUUCACAAAUGAUGAUUUACAUAUCCUUUGAAAGUAUUAACAAAAACAAUAAUUUUCAUCACAUUGUUAUUCUCUGUGGGGUUGUCUAGUGGUUAAAGCGUUCACUUGUCAUGCCAAAGACCAGGGUUCGAUUCCCUACAUGGGUACAAUGUGUGAAGCCCAUUUCUGGUGUCGCUCUACGUGAUAUUGCUGGAAUAUUGCUGACAGCGGUUUUGUUUCAGUAGUUUACUAAAAACAUGUCCUACAACACGAGAAAUAUAUUCAUUGGCCGUGGAGGAACAGUCGUAGUGUAUUUCAAUCUGUGAAGUAUUGGCAAUGGAGAUACUGAGGCAAGGUUAAUUAUCAGGGCAGGUCUUCAGAAUAGAAAUUCUUACCACGAGGACGGUCACGAGUCUGAAUAAGAGUAUGGGAGUUUGCCAGUCCUUGUGCAAAGAUUAUGGAUUGUUUCUGAGAUUUGUUCUACAGAAAACUGAUGCUGUGACAUUUUUCAUGUCUAUGGUUUUUGCAUGGAGUGAAAUAACGUGAUGGUUUGUAUGGAUGUUGGGUUAAGGCUGUGUAGUAGGAUUUGAAAUUAGUCACGUUUUAUGUGGUCGGGGAAUUUGUCGUCACCAUUAUCCACUGUAUUCAACCUGUAUUAUGUUAUGAUACCUUGGACCCACCUGCCACCUUAGCUUCAUGUUGAGAAGGGCGAUGGGGUAGCCUAAUGGUUAAAGCGUUGGCUCGUCACGCCGAAGACCCGGGUUCGAAUACCCACAUGGGUACAAUGUGUGAAGCCCAUUUCUGGUGUCCCCCGUCGUGAUGUUGCUGGAAUAUUGCUAAAAGCGGCGUAAAACCAAACUCAGUCAGUCAGUCAUGUUGAGAAUGGUUUCAAUGACAUUGUUCUUCCGUCAGUGUACCAGGCAGUGAUAACAAUAACUGAACUCUUGCAUGCUGUGUCAAAUGUAACCUCAAGGUUCUGUGGUAAUAGGACUUGCCUCACCUAUCUCUCUGCUCUUUUCUAGCGGAAAGUUCUUUUAUGACAGUCUUCCAGUUUGAUAACGUAUGUCAAGGUCUUGCUUGUACAAGGCUAUGAUGUUGAAUACAGAGCAUUACUGAGGGCUUGUUUGAAAGAGGCAUUUUGAACGGUUCGUGUAGCAAAGUCGGGUGAGACAUCAUUCUGUGUGCUUACUGUGCUACAGGACACAGCUGCAUUUGAAUCUGUACAGGGUAUUUCUCAUAAUAGAAUAGACGUGUGAUACCUCGAAUAAUCCAGGACGGCCAUUACAAAGUGGAUGUGGAUCUACUGGAAUGAUGAAGAAUGAUAUUGGUUUAGGAGGGCUCAUGUUCCUCAGUAGUGUCAACUAAGGAUGAAAAGUGACGUCAACACAGCACUAGUCCGUUUACCCUGUAGCUGUUGUUCCGUGUUACUUUGCGUGAUGGUUGAGGUUAUCAGUGAACAUAAAUCUUGUGUUGUGUCUGUCAAGACUGAUUCAUACAAUGCAGAGCUGUUUUGAUGUAAUUUUGUGUGGACAGAUCAGUGAGACUUAUGGGCGUAAUCAUGCAAUAUUAGAUUUGGAUGUUGACGUUUCAUGAUCAGCAUUAUUUUGUAAAAUGAUUCAUAUCAUGUCACUACAGUUUAGAUAGAUUCUAAGCUUGAUAUCCAACUGUUAUUUGUGAAAGUUGCCCGACUGAUUUAAAUCAUGUCCCUACAGUUGAGAAAGAAUCUGUUGUUUAUGAGAGUUUUAGACUGAUUUAAAUCAUGUCCCUGCAGUUGAGAAAGAAACUGUUGUUUUUGAGAGUUGCCCAACUGAUUUAUAUCAUGUCCCUACAGUUGAGAAAGAAACUGUUGUUUUUACCGUUGUAGGAUCUGCAUGGUAUUUUCUAAACAGAUUUUCAAUUACAUUAUUCACCAGUGAUAUAUUUAUUUGAAAGUCAUCUAGAGGGUCUCCAAAGUGACCUUUACGCCAAGACUGUCGUAACUCAGGACACUGUGCACAGUUGCAGUAGUGAGUGAGAGCCCUGUUGAUCAUCUGCAUCAAGCUGGUGUCAUGUUCUACAAGGGGAUGUGAGCACAAGGAGUAUCGUUACAACAGUGGAGAGGGCCCUCAGAUAGUAUUCCAUGUUUUCAAUUGGCCAAAAUGCCGAGUCAAAGAUUGCAAUUGAUUAACCAAUGUAUCAUGUUUUCAGUCUGUACCCUAUUUACCUCUAUGCAGUAUGCUGUUAAUGGAAGACGAGAGAGCGAGAUUGGUCGCUGCCGAAAUGAAAAUCUGAACACGUAUCGGUCCAGUGUGUAUAACAGAAUAGAAUGGAGGUUGAUACUUUGGAUAAUCAUGCAUGGUCCAAGAUGGUCCAAGAUGGUCCAAGAAGGUCUGUGGAGUCUUCAGAGCUGGAACUCCAGACCUGUGAAGUAUGUUCAAUGACCAGUGCUUAAGUAAUUGUAGUGUUCAAUGGGCACAAAUAUUACAGGAUCUCACUUCAUGGGUGAAACAUUACAGCCUGUCACCAUGGUGACACAUGCAUUGUAUGUAAAAUGUGUUGUUUUUAUUUAAUGAGGAAAAAUAUUUGUCAGAAUAUGUACUAUUUUCUUCCAAGUGACAUGAAUUGUUCCACAUUAUACAUACUGGGCAGUUUUCUUCAGCUUCUGUUUUUGUAGAAACAAUUGCAGUGUGUACAGAUGCUAUGGAGAAUGUUGAUCCGUUUGAUUUAUUUGCACAGAUGGUCAUGUUAAUUUGCAUUAUUAAUCAUGCCACGAUAGCGGGGACUAAUCAGCUUUUAGUAUUUAUUCAUCUCCAGAUAGAGAUUUUAUGUCAACCUAUGAUUGUAUUCAUCAAUAAAAUAUUGAGUAUGUUUAUGUCAA